CGCUGGACCGCUCUGAAAGAACUUGGUGUCAACACAGCGAAUAUAGAAUUUUUGCUAGUCGCUCAAAAAUAAAUUUAACGAAUCUAAUGAAUACGAAAAGCGACUCUCAGAAUGACUGCCCUUCCGAACGUAGUGUGGCUUACAUUUACAGUCCGCAGUACAUCGAAACUUGCGAUUCCCUAUCUAAAGUCCCCAACAGGGCAAGUAUGGUGCAUUCUUUAAUAGAAGCCUACGGUUUACUGAAACACAUGAGUGUGGUGAAGCCCCGGAUAGCCACCAUGGAGGAGAUGGCGGUCUUUCACACGGACUCGUACCUUGAGCACCUAAAGAAAAUCAGCGAGGACGGAGACAACGACGAUCCCCAGUCUAUUGACUUCGGUUUAGGCUACGACUGCCCCGUCGUGGAGGGUAUUUUCGACUACGCCGCGGCGGUUGGCGGGGCCACCUUAACUGCCGCCCAGUGCCUCCUCGACGGGAGCUGUAAAGUGGCAAUCAACUGGGCCGGGGGCUGGCACCAUGCCAAGAAGGACGAGGCGUCGGGGUUCUGCUACGUCAACGACGCCGUGCUGGGAAUCCUGAGGCUGAGGGAGAAGUACGAGAGGGUGCUGUAUGUGGACGUCGACCUGCACCAUGGCGACGGUGUGGAGGACGCUUUCAGUUUCACCUCCAAAGUCAUGACUGUGUCGCUGCACAAGUUCUCUCCUGGCUUCUUUCCAGGAACUGGGGACCUUUGUGAUACCGGGCUUGGGAAGGGACGCUGGUACGCAGUCAACGUCCCCUUGGAGGACGGCAUUGGAGAUGACAGGUACUUCCAGGUGUUCACCAGCGUCAUGCAGGAAGUGCACGCGCUGUUUAACCCGGAAGCGGUCGUGAUGCAGCUGGGAGCCGACACCAUGGCGGGCGACCCCAUGUGCUCCUUCAACAUGACUCCCGUGGGCGCUGGGAAGUGCCUGCUCUACGUGCUGGGGUGGGAGCUGCCGACGCUGCUGCUCGGAGGAGGGGGCUACCACCUCGCCAACACCGCCCGGUGCUGGACAUACCUGACAGCGACGGUGCUGGGCCAGAUGCCUUCCUCCGAGAUACCGGACCACGAGUUCUUCACAGAGUAUGGACCGGACUACUCUCUGGAGAUUAGCCCGAGCUGUCGGCCUGACCGCAAUGAGACACAGCAUCUGGACCGAGUCAUCAGCACCAUCAAAGGGAAUCUGAAGAAUGUAGUUUAAGAGCAGGCUCCGGCUCACAUUUCCAAAUCAGGGCAGCCGAGCUAAUGAAGACAGUAUGUGGAAGCAAUCGCCAGAGGGGAGCUUUGGAAAACAUUACUUGAAUGUUUCCAGGGAACUUUUUUAAUGGGUAAACUAGUGCGCUGAUGCUGUCCAACAAGUUUUUUUCUUUUUUUAGGGUGGGUUGGGUUUUUUUUUUAAAUUAGAGGUCCAUUUGAUACUGUUAUUUUAC